AUGGUUGAGCAUGAUGACGGUGGCAUGGACCGUACGAGAAACGUGAAGAAUGAACGGCCUAGGGUUUCGGGUCAAUCUCGGCAUGAUAGCCAAUUAGACGCUGUACUGAGCGUGACAUUCGUGGGGUUAGCUUGCAUGGUGAACAAGUCGCGUGGCCGAAAUCGGUUCCCUGUCGGCUCCACGAAGUCGGUGCUUGAGUAUGGAGCGUUGAAUUGCGGGGACUCCACACUCGGAAUAAGCGAGACCUCCGCGUUCUGCACCCCAGAACGGGAAAACGUGACGAGGAUGCCGGCAGAAUUUCGGCAGAUUGUACCACCAUGUUGGAUCAUGCUGGGCUUGCAAGCACGCCAAGUGAAGCUAGCUGUGGUUAGGCCGUUUGUGCCAUGGUCGUCUUAA